AUCUAAUUUUCAUCAGUAUUGAACAGAAUUGGAAUUUAUUGCAGGCUGCUGGUAUGCUGCUGCAACUCAGGCAGAAGUGGCACAGCUUGUUUCUGCGUCGUAUGCGAGCUCCUUCUAAGCUGUGGUCUGAGGUUGAUGAAACAACUGUAAGAGCAAUUACAGCUGUUCUGAGUGCUGAAGAACAGUCGGCAGGUCUACAGCAGCCUUCAGGAAUUGGCCAGAGACCAAGGCCUGUGACUUGUGAAGAACUUCCUUUGGCAUCUACAUGCAUGUCAACCAACAGCAGAAACAGCUCAACAGAAACAGAAUUGUCUGACUUCUCUCAUGCUGAAAAGGUUUCAGUGAAAUCUACUUCUCCUGCACUCCACCAGCCAAAGAAGUACAAAGAAAAAGACAUUUUGCUCUCCAGACAAUCCUCAGAUGACAGAUCAGCUCAGUCCUCAGUGAAGCCUGCAGACAGCAGUAGCUAUUCCAACCCCUGUGCUACUCCUUCUUCUCCAGUGUCGGCAAAGACUUUUUAAUCCUAUUCUGCUCUACUUGUUUCUUGCCCCUCAUGGAUGAAUUACUGUGGAAGGGGCUAACAGCAGGCCUGUUAGCUAAAGGAGCGAAAAGAAGCUGAGAGCAAGAAGAAGCUGUUAAAGAGCUCUCUCCAAGGCUGCUACCAAGGAGACUGAGAGAAGAGAAGAACUGAAGAAAGAUAAGGAGAGCACUGCAGACGGACAAAGUAUUUUUAGAAAGUUAACUAAAGUCACUGUUACUGUUCACCAGUGGUGUUAUGUUGAUUUUUUGUGGCCAAUAGUUGGGGUAGAAGAAGUAUAAACAAUUAGAAAGUUUAUAAAAGGUCAGCCAUGUUCGAUAAUAAAGAAUUGCCAUCUGA